UCUGUCUGCCUGCUAAGAAGGACGAGGGAGAAAGGCAGCUGUGGGAGCAAGACCACAGCCUUGCACACAGUCAAGGAAGCUCUGCCUCAGGAGCCAGGGCUCCUGGGAUCCCAAUGACGAGAGAAUGGGUCCUAGUUUUGUCCAGCACACUGCUCUGUGUUCUGGCCGGCCCCAUGCAGCACCUGUUCCAACCGAGCUUGGUGCUGGACAUGGCCAAGGUCCUCUUGGACAACUACUGCUUCCCUGAGAACCUGAUGGGAAUGCAAGCAGCCAUUGAGCAGGCUGUGAAGAGUCGUGAGAUUCUGGGCAUCUCAGACCCUCAAACGCUGGCCGACGUGCUGACAGCUGGAGUGCAGAGUUCCUUGAAUGACCCACGCCUCUUCAUCUCCUACGAGCCCAGUACCCUCGAGACGCCCCAGCAAGCGCCAACACUCACCAACCUCACCCGAGAAGAACUGUUGGUCCAGCUACAGAGGAACAUCCACCAUGAGGUUCUUGAGGGCAACGUGGGUUACCUACGAGUGGAUGACCUCCCUGGCCAGGAGGUACUGAGUGAGCUGGGGGGGUUCUUGGUGGACCACGUGUGGAGGCAGCUCAUGGACACCUCCUCCUUGGUGCUAGAUCUCCGGAACUGUGCUGGUGGUCACAUCUCUGGGAUCCCUUAUGUCAUCUCCUACUUGCACCCUGGGAACACUGUCAUGCACGUGGAUACCAUCUAUGAUCGCCCCUCUAAUACCACCACCGAGAUCUGGACCUUGCCCAAGGUCCUAGGGGAGAGAUACAGUGCUGACAAAGACGUGGUAGUCCUCACCAGUGGACGUACCGGGGGCGUGGCUGAGGACAUCGCCUACAUCCUCAAGCAGAUGCGCAGGGCCAUCGUGGUGGGUGAGCGGACGGAGGGUGGUGCCCUGGACCUCCAGAAGCUGAGGAUAGGCCAGUCCAACUUCUUCCUCACAGUACCUGUGUCCAGGUCCCUGGGACCCCUGGGAGGAGGUGGCCAGACGUGGGAAGGCAGUGGAGUACUGCCCUGUGUGGGGACACCUGCCGAGCAGGCCCUAGAGAAGGCCCUGGCCAUCCUCACCCUGCGUCGUGCCCUGCCAGGGGUUGUCCUCCGACUUCAGGAAGCCCUGCAGGACUAUUACACGCUGGUGGACAGGGUGCCGGGCCUGCUACACCACCUGGCUAGCAUGGACUACUCAGCCGUGGUCUCUGAGGAGGACCUAGUGACAAAGCUCAAUGCUGGCUUGCAGGCUGUGUCAGAGGAUCCCAGGCUCCUGGUGAGAGCCACUGGACCCAGAGAAAGCUCCUCUAAGCCCGAGACCGGGCCUAAUGAGCCCCCAGAAGCCGCUCCUGAGGUGCCCAAGGAAGAAGCUGCCCGGAGGGCGCUAGUGGACUCUGUGUUUCAGGUGUCCGUGCUGCCAGGCAAUGUGGGCUACCUGCGCUUUGACAGAUUUGCAGACGCCUCUGUGCUGAAGGCACUGGGUCCCUACGUGCUGCACCAGGUGUGGGAGCCCCUGCAGGACACCGAGCACCUCAUCAUGGACCUGCGUCACAAUCCCGGAGGGCCGUCCUCUGCUGUGCCGCUGCUGCUGUCCUACUUCCGGGGCCCUGAGGCUGGCCCCGUGCGCCUCUUCACCACCUAUGACCGCCGCACCAACGUCACCCAGGAGCACUUCAGCCACAGGGAGCUGCUGGGCCAACGAUACGGCAACCAGCGCGGGGUGUACCUGCUUACCAGCCACAGAACUGCCACCGCUGCCGAAGAGUUCGCCUUCCUAAUGCAGUCCCUGGGCUGGGCCACCCUGGUGGGGGAAAUCACCGCGGGGAGCCUGCUGCACAGCUGCACGGUGCCACUGCUGGACUCGCCAGAGGGUGGCCUGGCACUCACAGUACCUGUGCUCACCUUCAUUGACAACCACGGUGAAGCCUGGCUGGGUGGUGGCGUGGUGCCUGAUGCCAUCGUGCUGGCUGAGGAGGCCUUAGAGAGAGCUCAGGAGGUGCUGGACUUCCAUCGCAGCCUGGGUGCCUUGGUCGAAGGCACCGGUCACCUGCUGGAGGCUCACUAUGCCAGGCCGGAGGUCGCAAGGCAGGCCAGAGCUCUCCUGCAAUCCAAGCUGGCCCAAGGAGCCUACCGCACAGCGGUGGACUUGGAGUCCCUGGCCUCGCAGCUCACAGCUGACCUGCAGGAGGUUUCUGAGGACCAUCGCCUGCUGGUGUUCCACAGCCCCGGCGAGCUGGUGGCCGAGGAGGUCCCCCUGCCACCUCCCGCUGUUCCCUCCCCAGAAGAACUCUCCUAUCUCAUUGAGGCCCUGUUCAAAACAGAUGUGCUACCAGGCCAGCUCGGCUACUUGCGUUUCGAUGCCAUGGCUGAGCUGGAGACGGUGAAGGCCAUCGGGCCUCAGCUGGUACGGCUGGUGUGGCAGAGGCUGGUGGACACGGCUGCGCUGGUGGUUGACCUGCGCUACAAUCCCGGCAGCUACUCUUCGGCCGUGCCCCUGCUCUGCUCCUACUUUUUUGAGGCAGAACCCCGCCAGCACCUCUAUUCUGUUUUUGACAGGGCGACGUCUAGCAUCACGGAGAUAUGGACCCUGCCGCUGGUGGCCGGGCAGCGCUAUGGUUCCCACAAGGAUCUCUACAUCCUCAUGAGCCACACCAGUGGCUCUGCAGCGGAGGCCUUCGCUCAUACCAUGCAGGACCUGCAGCGGGCCACAGUCAUUGGAGAGCCCACAGCUGGGGGGGCCCUCUCCGUGGGCAUCUACCAGGUGGGCAACAGUCCCUUAUAUGCCUCCAUGCCUACCCAGAUGGCCCUGAGUGCCACCACCGGUGAGGCCUGGGACUUGGCUGGUGUGGAACCUGACAUCACCGUUCCCAUGAGUGAGGCCCUUUCCACAGCCCAGGACAUAGUGGCCCUGCGUGCCAAGGUGCCCACGGUACUACAGACAGCUGGGAAACUAGUGGCAGAUAACUAUGCCUCCCCUGAGUUGGGGGCCAAGAUGGCUGCCAAGCUAAGCGGUCUGCAGAGCCGGUAUGCAAGGGUGACUUCAGAAGGGGCCUUGGCUGAGAUGCUGGGAGCAGACCUGCAAAUGCUCUCUGGGGACCCACACCUGAAGACAGCUCACAUCCCAGAGGAUGCCAAAGACCGCAUUCCUGGAAUUGUGCCCAUGCAGAUUCCUUCCCCAGAAGUCUUUGAAGAUCUGAUCAAGUUCUCCUUCCACACAAAUGUGCUGGAGGACAACAUCGGCUACUUGAGGUUCGACAUGUUUGGGGACUGUGAGCUGCUUACCCAGGUCUCCGAGCUGCUGGUAGAGCACAUCUGGAAGAAGAUCGUACACACAGAUGCCCUGAUCAUCGACAUGAGGUUCAACAUUGGUGGCCCCACCUCCUCCAUCUCAGCCCUGUGUUCCUACUUCUUCGAUGAGUCACCCCCCAUUCUGCUGGACAAGAUCUACAGUCGGCCCAACGACUCUGUCAGCGAACUCUGGACCCACACUCAGCUCACAGGUGAACGCUAUGGUUCCAAGAAGAGUGUGGCCAUCCUCACCAGUGGUGUGACAGCCGGUGCCGCUGAGGAAUUUACUUACAUCAUGAAGAGGCUGGGCCGGGCGCUGGUCAUUGGUGAAGUGACCAGUGGAGGCUGCCAGCCGCCACAGACCUACCACGUGGAUGACACCCACCUCUACAUCACCAUCCCCACAGCUCGCUCCGUGGGUGCCACGGAUGGCAGUUCCUGGGAAGGGGUGGGGGUGACACCUCAUGUGGUCGUUCCUUCAGAAAUGGCCCUUACCAGAGCCAAGGAGACCCUCCAGCGGGCGCUGCGAGCGUGAGGCAGAACCCGAGGGUCACCAAGAAGGGUCUCCAUGGCCAGUGUGGCAAUGGCAGGUCCUCUGGGCCACUACUGGGGCUCUAGCAUGGGAUCCUGCCGAAGGUCACAUGGUCCAGGGCCUGCUGAGCUGAGGCAUCUUCAAGAGCGCACCCAUCAGCCCCCACUGCUGCACCAACCUCUCCCCUGGAACUCCAAAAGUGGGAGCUCAGCCACCCCAAAGACAGCCCCCAUAGUAGUUACUCUGGGGAGAUUGAAGUCCACCUUGCUACUACCCAUGCUUCCUAGCCUCCACCCUCUGGUCCCCAUGCUGUCACCAGAAGCAGUUCUGUCAUGAUGCACAGAUGUGAGGCACAUGUGCCAGUAGCUUUUUCUGGCAGCCAUCUUUCCAAGAGGGAAAAGAAAGAAGUGCUUAAUGUUGGUAGUACUUUCUAAUGGUACAGCGACUCUUUAACUUGGGAUGGCAUUGUCCUCUCUAAGUUCAUUCUUAGUUGAUAAUAUUAUUAAGUCAAAAUGCAUGUGGUACCCCAACAAGCCUAUGAGAGAGUCAAAUAUCCCAAAUGGAACCACUCUAGGUCAGAGCCCAUGUGUCAUAUACCUGACUUACUGUCCCCAGUUACCUUCUGUGACUAUUAGGGAACAGUGGGGACAAGUAGAUUGUGACCUUUCGAUUGCAGUGUGUAGUCUGGGGUUGCUGGACAUCUCUGUGUUUCUGGCACUCAGUGGCCACCUGCAGCUCCUGGCUUCAGAGCUUAGGUGCUCUUCCUCCUGCAUCCCAUCUCCACUAGAGUCCCUCCCCCACAACCAUGUCUUGACCCACCGAGCAUUGUCACCUUCGUUUAUCCUCGUCUGCGACAUGGUGCUGGGUGCGCAGUACAUGUGUGAGCUCUGCAGGGCUCCAGCACUCAGAUUCUAGGGACCCCUCCCCUCCUCCCUCCUCUUCCCACUUCCCUCUCGCUUCUUUCUCUAAUUUAGCUUAUAACCUAAACUGAAUUCUUGGUGGUAGAACGGUCAGCGGUAUUUCUAUCUGUCUUUUUAAUACUUUGUUCUUUUUCUAGGUCCUCAUAAUAAGCACACAGCACUAUUUGCAGA